UUUUUUAGUCUUGAUAAGAUCACUGGCUAAAAACAUUCCGAGAUACACAACUCUUUUGAGAUGUUUUUUUUUUUCUUCUCUUCCAGGUUUGGAAAACUUCUUUAGAGGACAAUGAAGAAUUAUUGGUACCACCAGUUGUUACUUGUACUCCUCUCCUUGUAAUUUUCUGACUAAGAUCUGGUUCUGAAUAGGAUCUUUUGCUGACGACAGAUGUUAUACUAUCUCUUAUGAUGCUCCUGGGAAGAUUGUUUCGAGCUACAGGUGUGACAGAUGGUUUUACUCUAGGGUAUGGUACUGCCAUGAUCUAGACUAUUCUGUACCUUUGUAAACUGUUGUAAUGGGUCGAAGAUUUUUCAGCUUGCCACGAAUGGUGAAACUCACUUGCACUAGAGUCAAAGCGCUGAAAAGGUUUUCUCUUGUAGGCGUUCUUAGCAUGGAAGAGGUCUGUGUUUUAGUUAUAACAUAACUGUCCAAUCUAGCCUAGUUUCUGUGGCUAUCAAAUUUUCAGUAAUUGGUUCUAAUCUUCCUAUCAAAUUUUGUUCCAUGAAAUCAGGCUGCAAGAAUCAACUCUACUUCUUGCUUGUCUCUCCCACCAUCGCCAUCGCUCCAUGUUAUAUUAUUUUUUUCUAAUAUCUCUAGACAUUCAUCAUUUGAUCUAGGGAUAUCACUGUAAAUGUUUAUUUUGUCCAACUUUACUCUAUCAGAAAAUUUAUCUGUUAAAUUUUCAAGUUUGACAUCGUGCUCAACUUUAGUUUCAAUAAUUCCAAAAAGGUUAUAUGAAAGUAUUUCUUCCUGUAAUUUCUCUCUUGAAGAACUGAUAGAUGCUGAAAUAUCAUCCUACCAACUUUUAUUUGAAUGCUCAACCAAAGCAUCAAAUUUACUUUUUAUUUCUAUCCACUUGCCGUGAUAACUUAUAGAUGCAUCGAAUUCAUCCUCCAGUUCUUUUUCAUCAACUAGAAUCAAAUCACUUACCUUUUUCUCGAACUCUAAUAGAUAUUUAGCUCUUGCUUCUAGUUAUAUAAAUUCCUUCCUGAAUUUGGGAUCAUUUUCACCUAUUUUCUUUUUAACUGAACUGAAGUAGCUAAAGUUAUUAAUAAAUUUCUCCACUGAGCUCUUUCUAAUUUGGCAGUUUUCAACUCUUCAGCACUCAUUAUCCUUAAUUUCCAACACAAAAGAGAUUACACUAUUUAAUAUUAGGAAAUCACUUCAGGAAACAAAUGAGACUUUGUUCACUAUUUGGUAGUUUUCAACUCUUAAACACUCAUUAUCCUUAAUUUCCCCACAAGGGAUGCUACUAUGUGAUGUCGAGAAAUCACUUCAGGAAACGAAUGAGGCUAUGUUGAAAACUUUUACACCACAAAUACACAAAACACUUUUAUUGCUCUACAUAUACAUCACACUAUCAGGAACAAAGGACUACUACUGACCCUGGGUAAUUUCACCCAAGCCAAUAUCCCUUCGUUUACAACAGCUACAGUGCUGUUAAAUAACACGCAUUAACUCUACAAUCUAUAUAGAGGAAGUAGUAACGCUCUUUUGGAAACUGCCAAAAAUUAACUUGACGUACACGGCGGUGAAAAGUCGCGGGAAUUUCAAAAAGUAGGGGAAAGCGGAAGAGUAGUGGGGGCAACAACUGAUAAGCGGGUAAUCUAACCUAACCAUAAACUAUCAUUUAUAAUAAGCGUCCUUUCCCCACCCUGAAAGCCUGCGGGCAACAUCGAAAUCAUUACCUGAUAUUGUUUUUAUAACGGGUUUUAAGUAAUAAUUAUUUCUAUAAAUAGGUGACAAAGGGACCAGACGCUGAUAUUGAUAGCUUGAAAUUUAAUUUGAAAAUUAAAUAUUAGUUUUUCAGUACUCCUAAGUGUAAACACAUUUUGAAUAUAGCUUUAAUUAACUAUAUAAUUUAAUAAUACAAUUAAUAUAACUGUAAUGGUAAAUUUAAAACGAAAAAUUUAUAAAGAAAUCAGCGAGAGAUAACUUUUUUUCAUUUACUUGUUUUAUUUUACAUUAAAAUUAUUUAUAUUAUUAUAAUUUAUCCAAGCUAUUAACUGUUUUUAAUCUAGUGUAUGCUGUAGGUAUUUAUUUAUUUAUUUAUUUUAUUUGUAUAAUGAAUUAGAUAUCCUAUGGAAAUAUUACAAAAAAUAUUUAUGCACCUGUGUUUAAAAUUAAUUUAUCUGAUUGCAGCUUCCUUUCAAGGCGGACGUCCAAAUCAACUUGAAUUUCCUUUUUUUGGGCAUAGGCUAGUCGAAGACGAAAGGUAUGGCAUUUAUUUAUUUUUUAUUAUAAACAUGUUGAACAAAUAACAAGCAAAGUUUGGCGUCAUCUUAGUAUCCUUAGAUAAACUGCUGGUAUUGUUCCACAUUCUAGAGAGCUGAAAUAGAUAUUCAGCUGGUCUAUAUAUUCCAUUAUUAUUAUUAUUUUUUUAAAUCAAUGAUAUUAUUAUUGCGUAUUUAUUUUUCUUUUCUUUCAUUUAAAUUAUUUAUAUUUUCUGUAAAUAAGAUAUGAAUGUAUUCCUUUCUCAUUUGAACUAUUGGCCUUUAUUAUUAUAGAAUAUUUUACUACUCAAUAAAAUAUUUUAAAAAAAAAACGAUUAACUUGAGUUGGGUACCAAAAUAUCUCAUGGGGUCUUUACUAAUGAUAUCAUUAUAUUUCUACUAAUUAAUUAUUACUAAUAUUUAUUAUUACUUAAUAGAGUUAUUCAUUACUUUACUCAAAAAAUGUUAAUCAUUUCUUACUAUAAACAUAUUUAUUUAUUCCAAACCAUAAUAUUUAAAUUAUAAAUAAAUUCAUAUUCGUUUCUGGAGACAAUGAUUAGGUCAAUAGCUUAUUAUUAUUAGUCAGUAACUUGCUCCAAAUAAGGCGUUGAUUACCUGGAAGUUUUACGCCUUAAAACCCCAACAAAAAAACUUGCUCCAAAAACAUCGUGAAGAAAAAAUUACAUUACUAUUUUAUAGAGUUAUUUCAUUACUUUACACAAAAAAAUGUUAGUCACGGUUAGUUAAAUUUUUGGAGGUUGAACUGUUCACAUACACGCAUACUUGGAUAUUUGAAGGAAAAAGGGACCAUAAAAUGUAUGAAUCCUUUGAAAACUCUAUGAUGGACCUUUUGAAUCCUUGAUUAUAAAUUUUUCGAAUUCGGGACCCAUCUCGAGCUUUCGCGAUUAAUUUAGCGAAAAUGAGUACAUUAUUCUAAGGAACUGAUACUUGUGGGUUUUAAGAUGUUUUGGGAAAUAAAAUUAAAAUUGUUAACCAAGUGUGAUAAGAUAUUGAACUAAGUAGUGGAGGAGUGGAUAGAGGGGGCUACUGAAGUAUCGAGUACAACAGUAUAUUUAAAUACUUGUAAAUAUUUAAAUAUAAUAUACUUAGAACAAAUAAGGAUAGCCAUUUUUUGACCAAGCAUUGAAUUGUAGUUUAUCCUUUCUACUUAGUAAUAUAAAUCAUAAACGUCAUUUAAGAUUUUAUUUAUUAUUUAUUAUUGUUUAUCAUAACAGAUUUGACCAUUUCAGGGGAAUCCAAGGAUAAAAGUAACUCAAGGAUAAAUGACUCUGAUUCUAUAUUUGACAAUUUUAUACAUUUAUUAUAUAAUUUUGAGGAAUAAAAAGAAUAACAAAAUUAUAGAAUGUAACUGGUUAUUUAUUUUUAUUUUUUUUUUUGUUACAUUGCUUCCCCCAUCUCAAUUGGAAGGAAUGAGAGUCAACAUGAAAUUAUUUAUUUUUACAAAAAAUUAAUUUCUUCAUUUAAGUUGAAUAAAUUAUUCUGAUAUCAUUUAAUGGAUAUUUAUUAUUGCAUUGUUUUUUCACUAUCGCUGCAGGGUGUCUAACGAAGCAGCAUGCCCCUGAUUUUUCCAGGUCAUCUUUGAAAAAAAUUUCAGAUGAUCGAAAUAACAUUUUUAUUAUAAAACUGAUAUUUAUUAAUUUUAAGUAUUGUAAAAAAAAAAUUGACAUUUAAAAUACUUUAAUCUGGAAUAAUGGAGGCAAUAUAAGAAAAUUAUAAUGUUUACGAAACAUGUAUGUAAGAAAUCUAACAAAAAUUAAACAGCUAUACAAAUAAUCUUUCAAAGAAAACAUACAUACAUACAUACAUACAACCGUUUUCUUAAUAAAUAAUUUUAGAUAUUUUAUACAUUGAUUUUAUAUUCUGUUCCACCGUUUGUUUUAAAUGUCUUUAGUCUGUAAAAUUUCCUCACUUUUCGUGUUUUUCAUAGUAUUCUCUAUCUAUAUCCCGAUUUUUUCAGAUUUAAAAGUUUUCCUGACUUAUCCAUGCAUUCCAGAUUCGGUAGACGGUCUCUCGCUAUUAUAUUUUUAACAUAUAUAUUUAAUUUUUAUUAAUUAAUAAUAAGAGCUAACUGUUGAAGACAUGGAAUUUUGGGAUGACAACUUCAAAUACUUUAAUAGUAAAAUGUUAUAUUGAAACAUUUCAGGUAUUUGUUGGACUUGAGAGGGAGAAUGAGAAGUAUACCUGGCGAUCCAAUUAACGGCAAUGGUUAGUCAAAAUAUCAUAUGAUGAUAAUGAUUUUUUUUUGUUACAAUAUAUCAAACUAGAUAUUUUUUUUUUUUAAUUUUUAGACACUCGUUAUUUGGUACACAUGUGUAUCAAUGAAAACAACCGAGAGGAACCUUAUCUGUACCAACUUAUAGGAUGGGUGCCACGUAAUUCUCAAAAAAUGCGUGGACUCGUCUAUUCAACAGAUGGGGGAAGCAGUUCCUGGAAUUUGGUAGACGUACCAGGGCUCAUCAUUCUUCACGUACCGGUGUACAAGCCAGUGAGACCAGUUCGCCUUACAGGAGAAGGACUCCCUAAUUAUAUGACAAUAGGGGACAUCCGGGCUCAAAUGGGACCAAGGUAUUGAUUUAAACUUUUAUUAAUUUACACUUCUCAUUUAUUUUUCUUUCCUUCCUAUUAUCACAUCCUCAUACUUUAUUAAAAUAUUGGCUGUUUGUUACCCUGCUAAUCUUUCACACUUCAAUAUUUUCUGAAUAAUUCGUUAUUCUAUUCAUGUUUGAAUAAGUUAGUUAUGAUACCAGCCAUGAUGUAAAUACUAAAUUAUUUAAUUUUUUCCCCCACUUUGCCGACGGUUGAGCGGGGUAAACUGUGUUAUAAUCAUAUUUUUAAUAGGUUAUUGUCAACUUUCCAUGAAAUUCAGUUUAUUACUUCAAGAUUUUUAAAAAUGAAGUAUUGUAAGGCAUCUGACAAGUUGAAAUAUGCAUGCGAAGUUGUUGAGAUAGAUCGGUCACCGUAGAUAAAUAGUUAGACCGGGGGAGGAGGGAGGGGGGGCAAUUGCCCCAGGGAGCCUUUUAAACUACCAAUAAAGCAACUUUAUCAGCUAAAUUUAGAAUAUAAUAAAAUUCAAAUAUUACAUAAUACAUAACAGGUUAAGAAAUAUAUUUAUUUUUUUUUAGUGGGGGAGUUGACGUCGUUGCCCGGGGGCGCCGUUUGUCUAAGGCCGGUGUUCUCUCCAUUUGCUUUCAGACUUCCAAUCAUAUAAAUUCUAACAUUAAUUAACAAUUGUUUAACUUUGUAAACGGAAAAUGUCUGUUUUUGAUACAUCAAAAUUUAGGACGUCCCUUGGCCAUCUUCUUUCAAGAUGCUUCGGAGGAAGAGGGCGGGAUUAUUUUGGAUAAAAGGUUAUAAACUAGAGAGUUAGGAAUAAAAAAGGCAUAUCUUAUUCGGACCAAAUAUGAAACAAAUGGAAUAUUGAGGUCUUUAUGGAUAAUUGUAUUUGUGACAUGGUAACGGAGAAUUUUGGAUUGUAAGGAUUGGAUACGGUAAAAACUAUUGGAGCCCCAAACUUCGAUUUCCAAACGGGCCUGGUAAUGGUUGUGUGUAUGAGCUUCUCUUACAAUAUUGGAAGUUUAGAACGUAUGUCAAGUAAGUUUUGUAGAAAUCGGAAUCUGCUAAUCUUGUAUGAGGGUUCCAAGUAAAACAUUUGUCAAGAUUUAGUCAAGAUUUAAUUCGUUUUAAACAUUUUCAGGAACCGAAGAAACUAGCUCCGAGGUUCGACAUGGGUCAGCGGAGAAGCAGUCAUAACUUUUCUUUUAAAAAAGGCUUGGUUACACAACCUUUCAUUCCCUCCAUGUUUUAACUAAUACCUUUUCUACCUUUAAAUAUUUUUUUGUUUUGUUUUUUAUUUUAAAAUAUAUUCAUGAAUUAUAUGUAUCCCUCUCCCAAUUACUAACACAAAACUGUAUUCCUCAUUUUAUUCAACAAUUAUAUUUGAUUAUUAAACACAACUAAUUUUGUUUUAAUUUCUUCCUAAUCCUAACAAUACAUUAUUAUAUUAUUGUUAUAUUAUAUUGUUAUAUUAUAUUAUUAUGUACCUUUCGGCAAUGAUGGCAUCAUAGGAAAAAAAAAGAUUAAAUCCUAUAAAUGAGACUGGAGAUAUCUUUGAAGUGGAGUGGGGGAGUCAAUCCCCAAAAUGGCGAUGACCCACAUAGCCCUCCUCCCCCCUCUCCAGAAAUUAGAUUACUUUCUUCUUCGUAAAAACGUCGUUAGGGAAAGGAUAUAAAAAAAAAAAAGUUCCAUUUUUCAGAGGCACAUAUCAUGUUUCUUAAGAAUUCCAUCGUCUUAUACAUGUUUUCUUCUAACAUGGUCUGGAAGUCCCCCCACCCAAUUGAAACUUCACAAAAAUAUGUUUCUCCCCCAAAAUUUCAUAAAUUAAAACUGUCCCUCUUCAAAUACUUAGAAUACAACUGCGCCACGUCACUUUUAUAUGGGUAGCCCUUAGGAGUGCAUUCAAGCGAUUUUGUCAUAUCCUUAAAUUUUCUAAACGUUGACUGUUUAUUUAUUCAGUUGUAUUUGAGAGAUCAAUGGUUUCCUUUUUGGAUUC